AUGAAGUCUACCACCUUUUACCUCUCGGCCGCCGCCCUGACCUCGGCCGCUCUGGCCCAGCCUCACCGGCACCACAACCAUGCUCGCUUCCACCAGGCCCACGCUCGUGACGCCGCCAACAAGCCUGUCGCCGCUGCCCCCGCCGUCGAGAAGCGUGACCUUGUCACCGACUGGGUCACCGAGUGGGUGACGGAGACUGUCACCGAGUACUACGAUGUGACGGCCACCAGCACUGUCAUCACCACCAGCGAGACCCCUGUCACUACAUCAACUCCGGCCGCCGUUCCCAAGAGCAGCACCACCCUUGCCGCUCAGUUCUUCGAGCCUUCGUCCAAGUCCGCCCCAGCCCCGGUUGCGCCAUCCUCGUCUACUCCGGCCCUGGAGGUGAAGCCGCCCUCCCAGCCCACCCAGGCGCCCCCUCCGCCUCCGGCCGAGGUGAAGCCGGCCCCCCAGCCCACCACCCCUGCCGCGGUUGUUGUGCAAAGUGUCGCUCCUGUUGUCGUCGUCCCAUCGCCAGCCCCUGUUGCAGAGAAGCCCGCGCCUGCACCAGUCUCUCCCCCGGCAACUGGCGGCGGCGGCUCUUCGUACACGGGCGAGGUCACCCACUACACCGUCGGCCUGGGCGCCUGCGGCUUCGACGACGCCGGCAAGGACAGGUCCGACUACAUCGUCGCCCUCUCGCACAACCUCAUGACCAGCGGCUCCUGGCCCGACGCCCAGUGCGGCAAGAAGGUCACGCUCUCGUACAACGGCAAGUCCAUCACGGCCGAUGUCCGCGACAAGUGCCCCAGCUGCAGCCCCUCGCAGAUCGACGUCAGCGAGAAGGCUUUCCUCGACCUCUUUGGCGAUCUUGGUAUCGGCCGUGCCCGCGGCGUCAGCUGGACCCUCUCCUAA